GUGUGUCGCUGCACAGCUUGCCUCGGCCAUGCCGCAUGCUGCUGCUGGUGAACCCGCAGAGCGGGAAAGGACAGGCGCUGACGCUGUUCAAGAACCACAUCCAGCGAUUGCUCAGCGAAGCCGGCGUCUCGCUCACUCUCAUCACCACCGAGAGGCAGGAUCACGCCCGGGAGCAUGUGAAAGAAGCCGAUCUGUCACAGUGGGACGCUAUCGUCAUCAUGUCAGGAGACGGACUUCUCUACGAGGUGGUAAAUGGUCUGCUGGAGCGUUCGGACUGUGAAGAGGCCAUCCAGACCCCACUGGGUAUCCUUCCUAGUGGAUCAGGCAACGCCUUGGCUGCAUCUGUACAUUACUACUCUGG